AUGGAGCGCAUCCUCCUCUUUCUCCCCGUCAAAGACGCAGCCAGAACCGAGACACUAUCGACACAUUGGAGGCACCAGUGGAAAGGCAUUCCUCAACUCAAUUUCAACGCCGAUUUCGCCCGUGUCCCCGGAGUGGGAAGCUACGAGCCCAACGCGAACACAGUAGUCCUGAGGAUUUACAAAGCCCUGCUGACCCACGACGGGCCGAUCACGAGAGUCGUCCUCGCGAUACCGGGAUUGAGACCCAUCCACGACAUCGAUCACCUGAUUCUCCACCUAUCCAACAAAGGCGUCAAGGAAUUCGUCAUCCGCUUCGGCGACGAGAUGAACGGCUACCCGUAUCUCGACUGCGACGUCUCGUCCUCCCUGUUUGCUGCUCGUGAGUUGGUUUCCCUGAAACUACAGGGUUGCACGUUGAAGGCGCCGUCUUGGUUCGUCGGGUUUAGUAAGCUCACUCGUCUCGUACUGAAUAACGUGUACCUGCCCUCUGAUUUCUUCACGCAUUUCCUUCCCAAGUGCCCGUUGCUUGAACAAUCGAGACUUCUGCAUUGUGACCAGUUUGUCAACACGGAAAUUCUGGCUCCUUCACUCAAAUUGCUUUCCAUUCAGUCGACUCUGUACAGAAUUUGCUUCAAAUACGCCCCCCUUCUGUCGGUUGUUUCGAUCCUGGAUGCCGACGAGUUUAGUGAUUACAGGUUUACAACGUUUCAGCAGUAUGAUCCCGACAUGGUGGCCCUGUUUACUUCUCUCCCUGAGCUCCGGCAGUUAACAAUUGGAACUGGAUUUCUGCUUUUCUUAGCUGCAGGACAAGUCCCGUACAAGCUCCCAACGCAUCUUCAUCACUUGAAAGUCCUCAAAAUACACCUUUUAUUAUAUAGGUGGCCGGAGGCUCGUGUUCUUGUUUGUCUAAUCAUGAGUUCCCCCAACUUGCAGACUCUCAGCAUUCAGCUGGAUACGCUUGAUUACCAUCCGCCAUCUAAGGUUACUGACAGCUUGGACAAGUUGUUAAAAGCCAAGGAUCAGCAUGGAUCUGGUUGCUGCUUUCAGUGUCUUGAGGAGUUGAAAAUUUGGGGAAGCCGUGGGAUGCAAGUUGAGCUGGACCUGAUAAGGUUUGUACUGGCCACUGCCCCACUGCUAUGCAAGAUUCACAUCGAGCCUAGAAGCGAAUUGAACUGCGACGUGGUUCUGAAGUUCUUGAUGCAGCUGAGUCGAUAUGAGCGUGUUUCGGAGAGGGCAGAGAUCAUCUAUCUCUGGAAAUAUGAGGGGUAA